AUCAGGAUAUAGUGGUGUUAACAGGGCAGUCACUUGGAAAAAGUUAUUUUCAUUUACCUUUAUGCCAUUUACUGGUCAAACUACUGGUCAAACGAGGACUCGGAAGACUUUCAAGUUCUGCAGGGAUGACUAAAAACGCCAGGGGUAACUGGAAAAACUGGUAUGAGUUUUUAUUCUCAAGCAUUGGUUGUGUUGUUGGACUGGGUAACAUCUGGAGAUUUCCGUAUGUUUGUUUUAAAAAUGGCGGCGGAGCUUUCAUGAUUCCAUAUUUUAUAUUCCUGUUCAUACUUGGUCUCCCAGUGAUGUUUACAGAACUUACAUAUUCACAAUGGUCAAAUCUUGGACCAGGUCGUGUAUGGAUAUGCUGUCCGCUCUUUAGAGGUAUAGGAUUUGGAAUGAUCUGUUUAACGGGUAUCGUCAGUAUAUACUACAAUGUGAUCCUUGCUUGGGCCCUGUAUUAUCUGGUGAAUUCAUUCUAUCCUACAAUACCUUGGAGUACGUGUACAAAUGAUUACAAUACAGAACACUGCUACACGAGGAUACAGCAGACGUAUUUGAAUAUAUCAAUAAACACAACAGUGCUGUCACCAAUAGUAGAUGCUUUGAAUUUAACCAGGAAAACAGCGACUGAGGAAUUUUGGGAAAAUAAAGUUCUUGAAAUAACAGAUGGCAUAGGUGAGCCAGGUGGUUUAAGAUGGCAGCUUGUGUUGUGUCUUUUAGCAGCAUGGGGUAUUGCAUUUCUUUGUUUAAUAAAAGGAAUAGAGACGUCUGGCAAGGUUGUGUAUGUGGCAGCAACAGUACCGUAUGUGUUUUUGACGAUACUUCUUAUUCGUGGGUUAUUAUUUGACGGGGCUAGUGAAGGUCUGCUGUAUUUUGUUAAACCUAGAUGGGAUCAACUGUGGAAAUUUUCAACAUGGGGAGAUGCUGCAGUGCAAAUAUUUUACUCGGCAGGACUCGGAUGGGGAGGUGUUGCGACAUUGGCUAGUUAUAACAACUUCCAUAAUAACACUAAAAGAGAUGUUAUCAUUUUAUUAGUAUUAGAUGGUUUGACAAGUUUUUUUGCUGGAUGUGUUAUAUUUGUAACCCUUGGUUUUAUGGCAAAGCAAUCUGGUGUUGCAAUUAACGACGUUGUUGCGCAAGGACCUGGCAUAGCUUUUAUGGUAUACCCAGAGGCACUUGCGUCACUGCCAUUGCCUCAAUUAUGGUCUGUUUUAUUUUUCCUCACAUUAUUUACUGUUGGAUUAGAUAGUCAGAUGGUCCAUAUUCAAACGAUGACUGUAGCAGUAUUUGAUAACUUUCCCAGAACAAAUAAAAAGAAAACCAUAGUUACUUUAAUCGUCUGCAUUGCUGGGUUUUUACUUGGAUUAACAUGUCUAACGCAGGGUGGUAUCUAUGUUCUACAGCUUAUGGAUUGGUAUGUCGCUAGUGUUUCAAUAAUGAUCCUUGUCUUCAUGGAGAUGUUUGUUCUAGCAUGGAUAUAUGGACUCGAUAGAUUAGGCAAAGACUUUGAAAUGAUGACAGGAAAUAGCCUCGGAAUACUCUGGAAGAUAGGAAUAGGUUUGACUACCCCGUUUGCCUUACUUUUUGUGUGGAUUUUUAGUUUAGUUCAGCAUUCCCCAGUGACUUAUGGGGACCAAUCCUACCCUAAAUGGUCUAUUGGAAUUGGUUGGAUGAUUGCACUUAUAUCACUGGUGCCUAUUCCUGUUGUAAUGGUAUAUACACUUACAAAGGAAAAAGGAAAUUUCUUCGAGAGACUUCGACAUUCUGUGAAACCGCUUCCUUCCUGGAGACCAGCAAAUGACGAAGAUAUUAAUGAUAAUGCAGAGCUAGAAAAAUUAAAUUAUGUGUCACAAGAAGAGACAAAAACAGUCGUUUAAAACCGAACUGAUUGAAAUGUAGACCCUUCACUUAUAAUGAUUUGACAAUACUAUCUAAUUAUUACAUGGCAUUUUUCAUAGCAGAUGUAUUAUCAGCCCAAGGUUCAAUGUCAGCCCAAGAGCCGAAGGAUCGAGGGCUGAUAUUGACCGAGGGCUGAUAAUACAUCUGAUAUGAAAAAUGACAUGUUAUGAUCCUUUUAUCAUAUGCUUCAACAAUGGAGAAAAAGAACAGUUUAAUAUAUUGAUCCUAGUAUUUCUGAAGUAGAAGUUCAAAUCUUUUUAUCAUAUAUUUCAGCAGAAAAAAUACAUACAAGAACUAUUUUUAAAACUUUGAAAAAAUGCAUUUUAUUGUAUCAUUUGUUUUGCAUUAUUCAAAAUAUAUUUUCCUGUUUAAUAAUAUUUGUUUUUGUCUAUCCUUUUUUGUUAUGUUUUUUCACUGAAAACGUAAUAUUGAGGUAUGUUUUCCGGAAUUUGCCGAGUGACACCGAAUUGCCAUUCGAUUAAGUUACGGAAAGGCAUGCGAUAAUAACCGGAAGCAGUUGAUAAAGUUUUCAUGUCAUCCCGCUAAGCAGGAACGGGAACCCAAUUACUUUCCCCAUUACUUCCGAAUGCAAUUUUAUCCAAAUUGAGGGGCAGAUUUUUAAUUCCCUAAAUUAGACUGCAAAAUUUAAAUUACUUUCUCAUACUAGUAGCCCCCUUCAUGGUUUCUGGGAGAAUUCUUGGAAGGUCAUGACCGGCAUUUAAGAGAGCAAUACUGUUUUGAGUAUUAAUAGGGUCAUUUUAUUAACUUCCUAGUUAAAAUCGAAAAUAAAAUUUGGACCAUUUACUCAGACAAUCAUCCACCCUAUACAUUUCAGAAUCACUAUAAAUUUAACAGAAGUUGAAAGUUUAAUGAAUACCCUUUAGAUAUACUACAAAUUUAAGCAUCUUUACAUAAUUUUCAUCUCGGUACAAUAUCCCAUUUAAAAGAUGGUAGAUUUAUUAAGGGACUUCAUUCGUGGGUACUGGACUGGUAUCCUUCAACUGGGAUCCUAUUCCAGCACCAUUACGGAAAAUAUGGAAUUUAUGUAAAUUUAAUGCUAUUAUCAUACUGUAAAAAUUACAAGUUAUUUGCUCUAAGUAUAUGAUAAUCCGUUUUACUUAUGAAAUUUCAGCCUUCAUUGUUUUAGAGGUGUGAAUCAUUUCGAUAAAACUAGAGGGUCCCAAAAAGGCUUUAAAACAGAAAGUAGAAUGGAGCGUUUGCAGAUUCUACGGUAAACGAAGCAGGGACAAAGCAUCUGUGUUUCGAUCAGAUUGGUUUGAAAUGUGAAUAUUUAUCAAUCUGUAUUGUUUAUAUAUUUAAUGUUUCAAUCAGUAGAAGUUUUCGUAUUGUAUAACAAUAAGACACUACCUACAGAACGUAACUAAAAGUUACCUUGCAAUAAGAUAUCAUAUUGUACCAGUGCAAAUGAAGCUUUAAAUUUGUGACUAAGCUGUGACAACCAUAUGUUUUAAAAUGUUUGCUAUACAAUACAGUGGUUAUUACAAGAAUAUUGGUGAAUAUUAUCCCUCGUAGAAUAUAAUAAUAUUGAACACUCAAACUCGCGCAAUAUAAAAAUCUACUCGAGGAAAAUGUUCACCAAUAUUUAUGCGAUUAUCCAUUUUAAUUGUAGAGAAACAUAAUAUUUCCAACAGAAAGUAACACACAAAUAUAGCUUCAAGUUAUCGACGUCAUCAGUGACAAACAUAUUUUUUGUUUUUAACUUUUUCAAGCUUUGAUAUAAAAUAAAAGGUUAUUGCAUGAA